UGCUAGGCAACAGAGGCCGAAAUGGCAGUUCGGACAGGAGCGGAUGGGGGGCUCGUCUUCAAAUUAUUUUCGCCGCAGGAACCGUGAAAGGCAGCCGCCUUCGCGUAGAGAAACCGGGGAGCGAGUGCGCCGUCGCGGCGGAACAUGUACCUGUUGUGCCUGGUGGUGGUGCCCGCAACAGAGGCGGCUGAGCCGGUCCCACAAAAUCCAUAAGGCGGCCGGGCCGGGGUGGGGCGCCUGCCUGCGCACGCGCAGUGCGGCGGGCGGGCAGCGGCAGGUGCCGAACGGCGAGGGCCGGCAGUGCCCACUCAAGCAGUGCCGCCCGCACAGACAACAUGGCCGGCCCGCGCGACGUCGCCGCCGCCUUCCUGCUCGCCGGCGCCUGUCUGCUCGCCGCCACGCGUCUGUCCGCGGGGCCAUCCGACCACUAAACCUGAGGGCGUGGGACGUGGAGCUUCCCCUGUCAGUAGCAGCAAGCCGACACCGGGAUAACGUCCCGCAUUAUGUCACACAACUAAAUAACAUCGUCGGCUUCAGAAGACAGGGCGGCGGCCGCUGCUUCGAGUUCCGCCACCACGACAACGCACAGCUGGCGGCCGAGCUGCGCGCCGUGCGCGACCGCUGCCCGCGCGUCUCGCGCCUCUACGCGCUCAGCGAGCGCUCCGUGCGCGGCGUGCCGCUCCACGUCAUCGAGUUCUCCACGCGGCCCGGCCACCACCAGCUGCUGAAGCCCGAGUUCAAGUACAUCGCCAACAUGCACGGCAACGAGGUGCUGGGCCGCGAGCUGCUGCUCAAGCUGGCCGACUACUUGUGCGAGCAGUGGCUGGCGGGGGACGCCGACAUCACGCGCCUCAUCAGCUCCACGCGCAUCCACCUGGUGCCCAGCAUGAACCCGGACGGCUGGCAGCUCGCCACCGACACGGGCGGCACCGACUACCUGAUCGGCCGCUACAACAACAACAGCGUCGACCUGAACCGCAACUUCCCGGACCUGGACCGCGUCAUGUUCAGCUACGAGAAGGCGCACAUCGAUUACAACAACCACCUGCUGGCGCAGCUGCAGCGCCUCGCCGAGCCGUGCUCCAAGCUGAAGGGCCAGCCGCGGGACAUCUACUACGGCUUCGACUGGCGCUGCAAGAAGGUGCAGCCGGAGACCCGCGCCGUGAUGCGGCUCAUCAUGGAGGUGCCGUUCGUGCUGUCGGCGAACAUGCACGGCGGCGACCUCGUCGCCAACUACCCGUUCGACUACAGCCGCUCCGGCGCCCCGCAGGAGUACUCGGAGACGCCGGACGACGAGACCUUCAGGCACCUGGCGCUGUCGUACGCGCAGCAGCACGCCACCAUGGCCAACCGCAGCCGGCCCGGCUGCGAGGCGGGCGACCAGUUCAGCUUCGGCAGGCAGGGCGGCAUCACCAACGGCGCCGCGUGGUACAGCGUCCAGGGAGGCAUGCAGGACUUUAACUACCUCGCCACCAACGACUUCGAGAUCACGCUGGAGCUGGGCUGCGACAAGUACCCGCCUGCCGACACGCUGGAGCAGGAGUGGCUCAACAACAAGGACGCCCUCAUCCACUACAUCUGGCAGGCGCACAUCGGGCUGAAGGGCGUGGUGACGGACGCGCUCACCGGCCAGCCGCUCGCCAACGCCGUCAUCCACGUGGCCAACGUCACCAGCGGACGGCCCGUCCACAUCCGACACGACGUCACCUCAGUGCACGACGGCGACUACUGGCGGCUGCUGACCCCCGGCGCCUACGUCGUGACGGCGUCGCGGCAGGGCUACCAACCGCAGAGCCGGCGCGCCGUCGUCACCAACCUGCCGCCGCACUCGGAGGCACGCCGCCUCGACUUCGCGCUCAUGCCGCUGGCCCAGGGGCCGCCCAUGCCGCGGCAGCAGGUGCCGGCAGACCUGGACCUCCCGGAUGAGCUGCUGCCGUGGCCCUCUGCUCGCCAGAGGGGGCCCGCCGCCCGCUGAGCCAGCCCAGCCACGCCCUGCCACGCCCUGCCCUCCCCUCACACGUCCCUCUCGGCGACGCCUUCUCUGCAAUACAGAUGUGUAGCAACUGUGCAAACUUUGAUCGCACAACACCACUUUCCUCGUACUUAAUCUUAUUUACUUCACCAUUUGUAAUGCCACUAAUUCACACUUCCUACAGACUAAAGUCAUCACAAAUUGCAUGUACUGAGUUGUAUUUUCCAACUAGAAAAACGUAUUGUGAGCCACACAGAUUGUUAACGUUCUUAAAUUAUUCGAAAUAAAAUAUUGUCUCCGAAGCA